AUGGCCGCCUUCCAGCACUACGCCAAGGCCCAAUCGACCUUUCAGAUCCCCCUCCUCGCGGGGGACAACGCCUAUCUCGGAGAUGUAUUCUCCAGCGAUGAGUCGAACCCCGAAAAGCCCAUCUCAUCUGGCCUCUUCCGUCUGAAGAAGGGCGAGCCCCUCACAUACACCUACAAGUAUGACGAGAUGAAGAUCAUACUUGAGGGCGACUACACGAUCUCCGAUGAGACGGGCCAGAAGGUCGAGGCAAAGCCCGGCGAUGUUUUCCAUUUCCCCAAGGGCUCAACAAUCACCUUUACUACCAGCGACUACGGCCUGGCGUUUUAUGUUGGGCAGCGCAAGAAGAGCGACUUCUGA